CUUCAGUGUGGUUGAUUGUUUUGCGGGGGCGACUGUCAACAUUCCCGAUUGGAGUUUACGAUGAGCGAUCAAGAUGACUUGCCACAGAGCUCACAACAACCAACAACAAUUACCCCGCGAAGUUCCCUUGGUUCCGGAGCGGCUCUCUCUUACAGCAGCGGCUCGUCCAUCUCCCCAUCGAGCUCCAGCAGUUCCCAGGGCAGUGCCAAAUCGGCUGUGUCCGAAUGCCUGGGUGCCUGGCUGAACUACCUGCAGAUCAUGAACAACCUCUGCUCCUCAGGCUAUCGCCUGGCCCAAACCAUUUCCACCCUGGAGCAGUGGAUCAAUGCUGACCAACAGGCGCCGGGAAUAUUUACCGGAGCUGCCCAGCAUCUCACUACCACCCAAUUCACCAGCGCCUGGGAUGAUCUGGCCAGGGCUACUGUUGUAGCCACCAGCACGGUCAAAUCCCACAUCGUUACGGUCCUUCAGGACUACGUGACACAAUCCCUGAACACUUUUGAGCACCAGGAGGGUGAGAUGCAGCGCAUCAAGGAGCACAAUCAGCAGGUGGUCAUGGAGAAUGCCCAGACCAUGAUCAAUCUGCAGCAUCAGUUCUGCGUCGCCAGCUACGAUUCCUUCUCCCACCUCAUGUGCUGCUUUGUCUGCCAAGCUCCUGUCGGCUGUGCCCACGAUCCCGACUGCGCACUCCUACAGCCCCAACCGCCCUACGUCAAGCUCCCACAUGCCUCAUCUGACCCACGUUCCCAAACCCCUUCACCGCAUUUUGGCAGCGCCACCCGGGAAGCCACCACUUCCAAACCCUUCUCGCAGCAGCAGGAAAUGUACCGGAUGCCAAUUGAAGGGCGAGCCCUUCUGUUUGGAUCAGGAUCAACACAGAGUUCAUCUGACCACAGUUGCUCCCUAACCGGGACUGCGCUGGAGCAGACCCGAGGACCAUCCCCGCACCAUGACAUUCGCGGCCCAAGUCCAGUUCAGGGAUUUCUAGAGACCAUUCGUGGUCCAUUACCAAAUCCGGGCCAUCUGCUGGGCAUGAAGGCUCCAUUCUAUCGUGGUUCUCGCAGUCCCUUGAACUUUCCCAUGCUCUUUCCACUCAAUCAGCGACGCUGGAGCGAAGCUGCUGCCGGAGAAGUGAGUGGAGAGGCUAGUCUUGAUGCUGAGAGCCAGAUGCGACGCUGGUCGAUGCCCUGGGAGGCAUCCAAGACAGAUCGCAGUACAGUGUCAUGGCAUCAGACGCGACUGAUGCCCAUGUCAAAAUUGGCUGCAGUUCCCAUUUCCAAGUCCAGCAGUGACCGAAGUCAGAGCACCACACCUGAUUCGGUCUGGCAGUCUUCAGUUACAAGUCAGGACGGUCUGGCUGAAGCCAUUCAGCUCCUGUCUUGUCGUCCAGUCAGUCGCCCACAGUAUCCACCCCAACCACCGCCCCUUCAUCAAGUCAUGCAACAGCAACCACCGCCCUUCAUUGAGGAACCCCAUACUUCGCAAAUUCUCCAGAACAUUGGACCAUUCGGUUUGUGGCCCACCAUACCAAAUCCCAGUCUCCAGCGAGUCCAGGAGCGUCAUCCACCUUUUAUAAAAUUCCCACCGGAUAAGCCCUACGAUGGAAAUCCUCAGCCGCCUACAUAGAGACCAUUUGGAUCUCUCGUGGUCUCUCUAAAAAAACAAAUUAAAAAAAAAAAGAUUUCUACUGCCAAAGAAUUCUAAAUAACGAAUUUAGAAGAAUUUACUGUGGAUGGAUAUUUAACCAAGGAAUGUCUUUUGGACUUUUACAUGAGUCCCUCUUGUUGUUUUUUUUUUUUAAUUUAUAGUAGAUUGUUUUUGUUGGUGGAGAUAAAAACCAAAAUGAUGAAUAUUGUGAAAUUCGAAGAAUUUUUCUUUUGAUAAUGUUGCUCGACGUUGGUGUGAUAUUACAUAUAGCGAUAAUUGUUUAUCUCGCAGAGUAUUCCAUGUAUUAAUUUUUACUCCCUAUUUCUUACAAUUCUCACAUUAUACACCGAGUAUUCAAGAAACUUUGUAUACCACAAUUUAAGAUAAAUUUAUGCAACUAUAAAUAAGUGGAAUAAUAAAUCCGGAAGGAAUAAAGAUUGGAAGUAAAAA